CACAACGUACCAUUAAAAAUUUCAAUACAGUUCAUUUAAUUCAACAAAUUUGAUAUUAUUCUCCUUAAUUGGAGUGGUCCUUCGAGACACAACAAACAAUACAUAAUUUUUGGCCAUAUUCGAGCCGGAUAUAGUGCGACACCAGCAAGAUCAUCAAUCAGUACCUAUCAUCAUUCGCAAGUGGAUACAGUUUGGAAUUCGUAAGAAAUAUUGCAGCAGUAACGCAUGGAAAAUCAAUUUGCAUGCCGUGGAUAGAAGGUGACAUCAACAAUCUAAGAAUCGACAGUGAUUUUCCAGUUGUGAUCUGCUUCAAUUGGCUUCCGGUAAACGAGACAUAUCUCGAUUUAUUAUUUAUUAUUUACGCAGAACAAUUUCAUUUGAAUAUAUUCAUGAUGGAGCCAGGAAAAGAAAUAACAUCAUUACGACAUUCACGGGCUAUUAUAAAGGCAUCAUUAACACGAUUUGUUACCUUUCUCAAUAAACCAGAGAACAGGAAAGAUAUCACGCAGUUACAGUUACGAUUGAAUAAAAUUCAAUCCGAUUUUCAGGAAUAUAAUAUCAUUCAAAAUCAGUUAGAAUUGCUUGAUCAAAACGAAUCAGCUGAUCGCGAUCAGAUUGAAAAUUCGUUUUUCGAAAACAUGUCGCUUGCGAACGAUUUAAUAAGUAAUGUUAAAAUAGGCACGACUUCCUCACCAGAGGGUAGUAAUCAAUUUCUUCAAACAGGUGUACACGAAAACUGUCAAGUGGAUUCAGUCACAAAUCUCAAAUUGCCUCGCUUGAGUUUGCCAGAAUUCCAUGGUUCGUAUGAUACAUUUGUAAACUUUGAAAACACAUUUUCAUCAUUGAUUCACGAAAACAAAAAUUUAAAUAAAAUACAGAAAAUGUUCUAUUUAAAAAGUUGUUUAAAGGGUGAUGCACAUCGUCUAGUACAAUCAUUAGAAAUUACUUCAGAUAACUAUGACGUAGCUUGGGAUAUGCUCAAGAAACGAUACGAAAACAAACGUGUUAUUGUCAACAGUCACAUAAAAUCAUUAUUCGAAUUGCCCACAGUCACAAAGGAUUCUUAUAUUUUAUUACGCAAGUUACUAGACAGUGUUUUCCAACACAUGAGCUCAUUAGAAAAACUAAAUGUUAACACGAAGGAAUGGGAUCAAUUAAUCAUUUAUUUUAUUUCAACCAAAAUCGAUCAAGCAAUGAAGAAAGAAUGGGAAAAUUCGUUACCAACAAAUUCUCUUCCCACAUUGCAGGAAUUCAUAGAAUUUUUAACAAAAAGAUGUUUUACCCUCGAAACUUUGUAUAAUCAUUCACAAACAAAUAUUCACAACACAAAAUCAAUCCCAAACAAACAAUUACCCCAAUUUUCAAAGCCUUUUAAGGAUAGGGAACAUUCAUUUGCUAUAACGAAUACCAUUUUAUGCCCAUAUUGCAAAAAUAAUCAUUAUAUUUACAAUUGUUAUGCAUUUCUAAAUUUGCCCACAGAGGAAAAAUUCUCACAGAUCAGAAAAAUGAAAUUAUGUAGCAAUUGCCUACGCUCAGGACAUCUCAAAAACUCUUGUCACUCUAGUAAAUGUAGAAAAUGCAACAAAUCUCACAAUACGUUAUUACAUGAUGACAAUUUUAAUGCCCAUAAGUUCAACACAUCUCACAAUGCUCGCAACGAUACAGCUGCAAACAUCCAUCAAGCACAAUCAUCAGUUAUGCAGGUUAUAAAUAGUGAAACAUCACAGCAACAACCAAGCGAAUCACAAAAUAUUACUCGUACAUAUCAUUCAUUUACAGGCAUUUGCCAAACCGAAGUUUUACUAUCAACAGCAGAAGUCUUCAUAGACGACCGUUUUGGACGGUCACACAAAUGUCGCGUUUUAUUAGACUCUGGAAGUCAAAGUCAUUUAAUCACGCAAAAACUAUGCAAUAAAUUGCAAUUAAAUCUCGAAGAAUUCAGUUUACAUCUCAAAGAAAUGUUGUACUUCCACGCAAUCUGA